UGCUGCUGACUCUAGCACCACUCUGACUACUCCAAACCUUUACAUUAACAACUUAAACACCAUUCUGACUACUCCAAACCUUAAUGAUACCAACUUCAACACCAUUUUGUCUACUCUCAACUUUAGUAUUAACAACUUUAACACUACUCUAACUACUUCAAACUUUCACACUACCAAUAUCAACACCACACCAACUACUCCAAACCUUAGCAUUACUAACUUCAACACCACUCUGACUGCUUCAAACCUUAAUACCUCUGAUAUCAUCACUUUAACUAAUCAAAACUUAAUAUAUAUUUAUAAAUCACCAACAAAUCAAUAUCAAAGAUAUUCACAUGAAAUAGAACACAUCAUCAAAAAUCUUACUUAUAAAAUAUCUACUAACCAAAAUUCCAAUACUACUAUGACUACUCAAAACUUUAACUUUGCUAACUCUAACAAUACUUUGACUACACUGGAUCUUAAUACUGACUUCAACACUACUCUAACUACUCCAAACCUUAACAGUAACAGCUUAAAUGCCACUUUAACUACUUCAAACCUUAGCACUACCAACUUCAACACUACUCCAAACCUUAGUGCUAUCAACUUCAACACCUCUUUAACUACUUCAAACUUUCGCACUACCAACUUUAACACCACUCCAACUAAUCCUAACCUUAGCAUUACCAACUCCAACAACACUUCGACUACUUCAAACCUUACACACGAAAUAGAACACAUCAUCAAAAAUCUUAUUCAUAUAAUAUCUACUAAUCAAAAUUUCAAUACUACUUUGACUACUCAAAGCCUUAACAUUGUCAACUCUAACACUAUAUUGACUAUACCAGACCUUAAUUUUAACUUUAACACCACUCUAACUACUCUAAACCUUAAUGUUAACAACCUUAAUGCCACUUUGACUACUUCAAACCUUAGUGCUACCAACUUCGACACUAUUCUAACUACUCCAAACUUUAGUAUUAACAACUCCAAUACCACUUUAACUACUUCAAACUUUCACACUACCAAUAUCAACACCACUCUAACUACUUCAAACCUUAGUGCUGCCAACCCAAACACCAUAUUAACUGCUCAAAACAUUAGUGCUACUAACCCAAACACUAUAUUGACUGCUUAA